AUGCCUCCAAGACCAUUUCCGUACGGGUUUCGCGUUGGUACCGACAUCAUAGCACACGACCGAAUCCGCAAACUCAUCACCAGGCAACCGCCUAAGUUCAAGAAGGCUAGGCCAGUAUCGCAGCUCGAUACCUUCCUCCGACGAACAUUCACCGCGAGGGAGAUCGUCAGAUUCUGGCAGCGUAAUCCAGGCUUGAAUCACAGACAACAUAAGCUUUUCAGAGAUCCAGUGAAAUUGGACACAGUCGUACUGCAUCUCGCGGGAAGAUGGGCCGCAAAAGAAGCUGCCAUAAAAGCGGUAAAGCCGCGAAAACUAACCUUCAUGGACGUCGAAAUUAUGCAGAACAAUGAAACGAAGGAGCUGUUUGCUUUGAUUCGAGAUAAAACCUUCGUUCACAAGCCUCUGAGUUGGGUGGUUGGCGGCAUGCGGAGAUUGGACCUGAGCAAUGCAGCUGCCCCGAGCGACGUCGACCUCGACGAAUCGCCAGACAAGCCGGCAGAGUCUGAGUCGCAAGUGCGACCGGCAGCAAAUGACGGGACCUCGUUCAAGCCCAUCGGUCCAGAAUCGGAAGUGCAACAAGCAGAUAGUGAGGAGACCUCGUCCAAGCCCACCGUCUCAGAAUUGGACGCGCAACAGGCAGAUAGUGACGAGACCUCAGACAAUUACGAUAUCUUCUCGUUCCCGGUAUAUGCGAAGGAAGACGAGGACGGGAAUGAAGGUCAGAUGGCCAUCCUCACCAUCAGCCACGACGGAGGCUACGCGACUGCGGUUUGUGUGGCACCGCAAGAAAACCUGCCCGGAGAUGUGGGCGGUGAGGCUGCAGCAAGGCUCCUAUAUGACCUCUGGGAUUAG